UAAACAUAGUAGCAUUAACCCUUUAAAGCGUGUAAAUUCUGGAUCCAUGGAGUUAUUUCUUGAAUAUUUUGAGACAACGCCACCGGAAAAAUACCGAUUUCUCGAUUAUUACCAGUAUUGUAAAAACCUGGAUGGUUUCGUAAGUAAUUUUCGCCAAGAAGCAAGAAGACUUCAAGUUGCCUUGGAACACCUGGUUGAAAAUGAUUCGGGUUUAAGGAAACAAAAAGCUCAAUGUUUGCUUGAUGUUUUUGAGGCGAGGGAACAUACUUCCACGACUACGGUGAGCGCGUACGCUCCGCUCACUUUAUGGCGUUCAUUAGAUCCCGUUGUGGUCUACAAGUUUUGUAGAGGUGGGGGCCUCCAGCAGUCCCGAGAAGGGGUAACACUCACACAACUAUGGCGGGUGCCUACGUACCACCCGACCUUACGGCGUUCAUUAGAUCCCGUUGUGAACCAUCGAAAAAAGAACGUGGAUAUCGAUAAAUUCUGGAAUGAAGUUGAAGAUGAAUCUCUGGAUAUAGAGCAAGCCAAAGAAAAAAAACAUUUACAGCUGGACCAGUUGAAAAUAGCUCGUGUUAUGACAAAGGGAACUGAAGAUGGCAUUGGGAAUAUUAUGAAAAAUGUCAAUACUGAGCUGGUCGAGUCAGCUACUUAUCUUAAAAGAAGACGAGAUGUUGAUUACAAAGAAGAUCGAGAUGGGUACACUACGCCUUGUCCAAACAGUUCAAUGGUGAAUAAUCCGGAGGAUGAACCGAAACCAAAGAGACGGGCUAAGGCUGAUGAUAAGUCUUGCACUUCAUCUUCCGGAACUAGUGAUGAUAUGCUGAUUGGUAUUAAUUUUACAAAAUACAAGAGUGUGGAUGAAGAGUCCGAAGAAUCCGAAGAAAGUGAUGAGGAAGACAAAUUGAGGCUAGACGUGGAAGAAAUUGGGUUCGAAGAAUACAUCGAUCAAGGGAAUAAACCUUUCAUUUUCAAAACAAAAAACAUAUCAUCACUAUUUAAGUCAUAUCGAUCCAAGGCGUUAGCUCAUGCGCAAAAUUCUGGUCUGAUAAUGACAAAAAAUUAUCACGAAAUAUUGAGUUUAUCCCAUAUUCUUUUACUACAAAUGGAUAAUUAUUCGGAAACGCAAGUAAAAACGUUCUCUAGGGAAACGCUCGAAGAUCUCAGAAAGGAUAUUAAAUCAAAGUUGAUCGGAAAAGAAAAAGUAACAAGGGACAUAAAAUCAAUCCUACAAGAAUACAUUGAGGUCGCUCUUGACGAUAAUGAUGGUGGUUUACACGAACUUCGCGAAACCAUCACUGAAUCUUUUUCGAAGGAAUUUAAUUCAACAGCAGAGAAAGAAUUUCUUCGACGAAUGAAGUUUCUCUUUGAACAUCUGUCUUAUACUAUCCCAUUACAUCCAUUGAAAGAAAUUAUAAGCGAAGGGACACUUUUGGCGAAUAUAAUAAGUCCGAUUUUACGAAUUUUUUUUCAUGACUCAUACAUAUAUCCUACGAUAUGGCCGAACACAUCCAGCACUAGCGCAAAGAUCCGAAAACUUGCCAUCGGUGAUCCUUCCCGAGCUAAACAACCCGAUAUGAUCGGGAAAACUGUCAAUAAUGGAAAGUAUGUUUAUGAAACGAUGUUUGGUGAGGUGACGGGAGAAGGCAAAAACAACACGGAAAAAAAGAAUAUAAUCGACCUGGUUAGGUUGGGGAUAUUUAUGAAAGAUUCCCUUGAUAAUAUUUCGCGUAAGACCGGUGUCAAUCGGAUUUUCGGUUGGCAAGUCAUUGUGACAAAGUGGACCGGUUAUAUGAUGACAUUAAUUAGCCCAGGGAUUUACGUUAUGAUUGAUACUGGUAGUGUAGAUCUUCCAAGAUCUUUCGAAGUAUGCAAUACGUUUCUGACUGGUCUGGACACGCUGUUUGCAUUUAAGAUAGCGUAUGAAAAAACAAUAAAAGAUAUUCUCUCGAUUAUGAAUAAAAGUGAAGAAUUCGAAAGUGAUGACAAUUUUAAAGGAUGGCGUCGAUCAACACUCGGAACACCAUUAUUCAAAAAAAUU